GGCGCCCUCGCUCCGGGAGGCUGCGCUAGCGCAAAAGCUGCCCGACUCCGGGGGAGCCGGCUCCCCGAGCGGCGCGACGCUAAGCGACGUGCAUUCCUCGCACCGCCCCUUCCUCUGCUCUGUUCUCCCGUCCCCUCCGCGCUUCUGCGUCCCGGGGUGGAUAAAGGAGCCGGGGAACGGCAGGCUGACCUUGCUGCAGAGGGGCGGAGCGCGGCGGCGGCGGAGCGGGCCGAGGCGGGCCGGGGAGAUGACUUCUCCCCUGCGCGGGGGCUCCCCAGCAGGCGUCGGGCAGGAGAGCUCGCCGCGUCAGAGCCCCAGGAUGAGAAAAAACAGACGGAUAUGCUCUACCUAGAAUUCCAUUUCCAGUGAAGAUAAGUUGGUGACUGGCAGUCUCCAAGGCAGUGUGUGGUCUGGAGCCGACGGAUUUCCCGAUCCCAGCCGUCACUUCAGCAUGGCCCGAGCCAAUGUAUGGAACCGUCUGAAAUCGUGGUGGAAAAAAGAUGAUACGCCUCCGUUUCUAAAUGAUACCAGCGCCUUUGACUUCUCGGAUGAAGUAGGGGAUGAGGAUUUCCCCAGGUUUAAUAAACUUCGAGUUGUAGUCGCUGACGAUGGCCUGGAGACCCCAGAAACUAUUAAUGGGACCCACCUGGCUUUCCAGGCCGAUGAUGAUUCCUUACUUGAUCAGGACGCACCUUUGCCCAACAGCCAGCUGGGUUUCAAAGUAGACCCUUGUGACAAUUGUCGGAAACAGAGAGAGUUAUUGAAACUGAGAAAAGUGAAAACCAGGCUCACCAUCGCUGGUGUUCUCUAUCUCCUCUUCAUGAUUGGUGAACUCGUGGGCGGAUAUAUCGCAAAUAGCCUAGCAAUCAUGACGGACGCACUUCACAUGCUAACUGACCUCAGCGCUAUCAUACUUACCUUGUUAGCUCUGUGGCUUUCGGCAAAGUCGCCAACCAAAAGGUUCACCUUUGGAUUUCAUCGUUUAGAGGUCUUGUCAGCUGUUAUUAGUGUUCUGUUGGUUUACAUACUUAUGGGAUUCCUUUUGUAUGAAGCCGUGCAAAGAACCAUCCAUAUGAACUAUGAAAUUAAUGGAGAUAUAAUGCUCAUAACCGCAGCCAUUGGAGUUGCAGUUAACAUAAUAAUGGGAUUUCUGUUGAAUCAGUCUGGUCACCAUCACUCCCAUUCCCACUCCCCUCCGCCAAACUCUCCUACCACAGGUCCUGGGCAUGGGCAUGGGCAUGGCCAUAACCAAGGAAGCGAUAGCCUUGCAGUGAGGGCGGCAUUUGUUCAUGCCCUGGGAGACUUGGUGCAAAGUGUCGGGGUGCUGGUAGCUGCCUACAUCAUUCGAUUCAAGCCAGAAUACAAGAUUGCUGAUCCCAUCUGUACUUACAUAUUCUCAUUACUUGUGGCUUUUACAACAUUUCGAAUCAUUUGGGACACAGUAGUUAUUAUAUUGGAAGGAGUGCCAAGUCAUUUAAAUGUAGAUUAUAUCAAAGAAGCUUUGCUGAAAAUAGAAGACGUUCACUCAGUAGAAGAUAUAAAUCUUUGGUCUCUCACUUCAGGAAAAACAGCUGCCAUCGUCCACUUACAGCUAGCCCCUGGCAGUUCACCUGAAUGGGAAGCAGUGCAGUCGGAGGCCAGGCACCUGCUAAUAAACACUUUUGGGGUCUACAAAUGCUCCGUCCAGCUUCAGAGUUACCGGCGAGAAGCCAGCAAAACCUGCGGAGCUUGCCGUGGUGCCAGUGCCUAAUCCCGAGCUUGGGGAACGACAGCCUUAUUUAUUGUGCAGACACCAGCGAGCGGCAAUAAGUGACCAUACGAGUGAGCGACGGGGUCCCUGGCGUCAAGAAGGAACACGGUCCACGAGGACUCUGUUGUAGGCCCUCAGAAGAGCCUCGACAACAUGUAGCCUGGGAGAGGUCAACAUUAAAUGAUCGUUUUGCUAUGAUUUUCA